AAAACAACAAGAUGAAAUGACAUAGCCUACUAGGGUACAUACACAUUAUCUAUUUAACUCAUUUGUACAUUCUCACACCAAAUGCAAAUCCGCAAUCUCAUAUCCCUCCUCAACAGGAGCCUACCCCGGCCACUACCGCGACCUCCAUCAUAUCGAUAUCGAUGUCGGUACACACCACUACAACUACAACCAGGCCACCACUCAUCUCGUCUCCUCUCCACCCUCCCCAAUCUCCCUCUCUUCCGCGCCCUCCGCGACCACGACAGAUCCAGUACAGCCGUCGUUCACACUGCGACCGCCCACACCUUCACCUACGGAGACCUCGUCGCCGAUGUCAUCCGCUCGAAGGAGGAGCUUCUCCGUACGGCCGCGGGAGGAGUCGCUAAGGGCACGGGCACAGACGAUUUGGGGGGGAGGAGAAUCGCUUUUUUGGCGGAGAAUAGUUAUGAUUACGUAGUAAUCCUUCUUUCCAUCCUCGCUAGCAAUGGCAUUGCUGUUCCCCUUUCUCCGGCUUUUCCCGUCCCCGAAUUGAAAUAUAUUAUGGAAAAUUCUAUGGCGAGUGUGCUUCUUGCCACGGAGAGGUUUUCAGAGAAGGCACGGGAUCUUUUGAAGAGCGGUCUGGCUCUGGAGCCAGCUUUUGCUGUUCGGAAGGGGCUUUUGGCCGGUGGGAAGGAGGAUGUUGGGGAGGUUAAGCUUGAAGAGCUUGGGCAUGCCUCGGAUAUUGGGGGGAUGAUGUUGUAUACUUCUGGGACUACGAAUAGGCCGAAAGGAGUCCUCAUUCCCAACUCGGCAUUGACAGCGCAAGCUUCCGCUCUCAUUGAGGCAUGGAAGUAUGCCCCCCAGGACCAUCUUCUUCAUCUUCUCCCUCUCCAUCACAUUCAUGGCACGGUAAAUGCCAUACUCACACCCAUACUCGCCGGAUCUUCCAUUGAGUUCAUGUUCCCCUUCAACCCGGCCUCCGUCUGGAAUAGACUUGCUGCACCGUUCCUCCCGGAAUCUGCAACAAAAGAUAAAAUCACCUUCCUCACAGCCGUCCCGACAAUCUACACCCGUCUCAUGGCCAGAUUCUCGGGCUUACCCCCGGAAACCCAAGAAGCAGCCCGGACAGCCAUCUCACCGGAGAAUCUACGCCUGAAUAUCUCCGGCUCCGCGGCACUGCCGACGCCAACAAAGAAGGCCUGGGAAGAACUCAGCAAUGGAAAUGUCCUUCUGGAACGAUACGGCAUGACUGAAAUCGGCAUGGCAAUCAGCUGCGGCUUAGACCCUGCAGACCGCGUUGACGGAAGCGUUGGUUGGCCAUUGCCAUCAGUAGAAGUCCGACUUGUCGAUAACCAAACGGGUAACGUCAUAAAAAUAGGCGAAGAAUUCGACGCCAGCACCGGCCGUGAACGGAUCGGGGAGAUCCAGGUUCGCGGUCCGACCGUGUUCCGUGAGUACUGGGCCAACGAGACUACCACGAAGCAAUCGUUUGUGAAUGACAAUGAUGGAAAGGGAAGCUGGUUUAAGACCGGUGAUAUCGCGACGCGGAAGACUGUCGAUGGAGCCGGAAAAGGCACGAGCGGUGCAUGGGCUAGGGGACCGAUGUAUUUCAUCAAGGGCCGGGAAAGCGUCGACAUUAUCAAGAUGGCAGGUGAGAAAGUGAGUGCAUUAGAAGUGGAGAGGGAAUUGUUAUCUUUACCCCAAAUCACCGAAGCUGCGGUCGUCGGAGCACCUUCAGAAACAUGGGGCCAAAAAGUUGUCGCCAUCGUCGUGCUCAAUCAAGAGGUAGCCGCUAAGACCGGUCGAGAUGGCAAACCCUGGAAUGCGUGGGACAUGCGACUCGCACUGAAGGAUAGAUUAGCGCCGUAUAAAAUCCCAGUUGAGAUGAAGGUGAUUGAUCGGGAGAUUCCGAGGAAUGCAAUGGGGAAGGUGAAUAAGAAAAGCCUUGUAAAGGACGUUCUUGGCGUUUGAUGAGUAUCUCGAUGGAAUAGGACCAGGGGUAUGAUCUGCAUAUAGAAAUGUCGGCGACUGCAUUUGGGGUGGGGGACUUCGAAAUUUGCAUGGGGAUUCUGAUACAGUUUUUGGGGUUUGUUUAUAAAAAGUACGUGUGAGGUUGACUCUGAAAAUGCCAAUGCUGAUACUGCGGACAUAUUUAAAUGGCUUCAUUUUCUUUCCCCUUCGUCAUCAAGGCGAUAUUCUUCAGCCCAGGACCCCACACAGAUAGAUAUGUAACUUACAAUCUAUGGAACAGCAGGUUACUCUGCGGUGUUGUUG